GGGUUUGGUUCACUCCCUUGCAUGAGUCGGUUCUCUUCUUUUCGAGUUCGCUACACUGUCCAAAGCACCAUCGACAACGAAUACCCCCUCUUCUACAGAGACGAUGUACGCACACGAGUCAGACGAGAAAGCCCCAUGACCCAUUCAUGCUCAUCCUCGCACACGCCGCUAACCGUUGGUGGCUGCAGGUGCCGGAAGAGUACAUAAUCACGGCGUCGAAGCUCAACGAGCUGCUCAUCGAGAGGGACAAACACGCCGAGUGCAUGAAGGAGCUCAGGCAGCGGUUCAGCGCCAACACGGAGGCUGCGACGGUCGCCGGCCUUUCUCUCGCCUAUCAGCAGACGGCAGUGGACCCCUCUGCAGCAACACACCGGCCCGGGCAGAACAAAAGAGGGUUUCAGUGGCUGUGCUCGUGGCUUGCCAACUGUUGCUGGCUGAGGAAAGAGACGUCACAUAUAGCCAAAUCUUGACGAGGGAGGACCCUGUUCUCUCUACCUAUGAUUGGUGGGGGAAGCUCUUGGGGGGAAGGAGAGAGGGGUCAAGGGAGGGGGGGGGUGGGGCAUUAAAUUUGCUGCUGAUGUCUUCACUUCGCUUGUUGUGGGGCCGUGUGUGGUUUGGUUGGUGAGCCAACUGCUGCUCGUGAGACGUGUGUAAGGCUGUAAGGAAUAGAUAAGGGCGACGAAGUGUGUCUCUCUUCUGGGCUGUAAUGUGUUGUGUGGGCUGUUGUCUGUGGCCUUUGUCUGCUAACAUUCACGAGGCCUUCGUUCUUUGAGGCCGAUGGUUGAUGUCUCAGGCUUUCUUGACACAAUACAUGCCUUGCCUUCAUGUGCUGGAGAAAUGGGCACUGCUCUGUCUGUCUGUCUGAGCAAAUGAGCGAGCAAGGAAAGAGACGGCAACACAUCCAUCACACCACCAACACACACAAAGAGCCAGCCAGCCUUUGACAAAGACGGUGACUAACCGCCGUGUGUCUCAUGCAUCUAUAGAUUGAGAAAGACAUACAGAAGAGAAAGACGCACACGAAUUCUAGCUACUCCC